AUGCCCCACGGACGGCCCGGGUGGCUCCCGAGUCUCCGGGUCGGAGAUCCACCCCGAGGCUGCGGGACCCCCCCCUCCCCCCAGACCUUCGACCCGGGAGGCUGCGACCUGGGGCCGGAUGGGCGCUUCCUCCGCGCGUAUGAACAGUUUGCCUACGACGGCAAGGAUUAUAUCGCCCUGAAUGAAGACCUGCGCUCCUGGACCGCCGCAGCCACUGCGGCUCAGAUCACCCAGCGCAAGUGGGAGGCGAACAAAUACUCAGAGCAGGUCAGGACCUACCUGGGGGGCACUGGAGGGGAAGCCAAUCCCAGGAAUACUGAUCAGCGGUCCCCUUUGACCCCUGCAGCAGCCUUGGGCACCAGGACUUUUCCUCUGGGCCUUGUUCUCUCUCUCACAAUCAGUGUGUUUGUGACUCUGAUUCCAGCUCUUCUGAGUCCCUCAGCCUCCACUCAGGUCAGGACCAGAAGUCCCUGCUUCUCCACUCAGAGACUCGAACUUUCCAAGGAACAGGAGAUUACCGCAGAUCCCCCAAAGGCACAUGUGACCCAGCACCCUAUCUCUGACCAUGAGGCCACCCUGAGGUGCUGGGCCCUGGGCUUCUACCGUGUGGAGAUCAAACUGACCUGGCAGCGGGAUGGGGAGGACCACACCCAGGACAUGGAGCUUGUGGAUACCAGGCCAGUGGGGGAUGGAACCUUCCAGAAGUGGGUGGCUGUGGUGGUGCCUUCUGGAGAGGAGCAGAGAUACACGUGCCAUGUGCAGCAUGAGGAACUACCUGAGCCCCUCACCCUGAGAUGGAAGCCGUUUUCCCAGCCCACCAUCCCCAUCAUGGGCAUCAUCACUGGACUGGCCGUCCUGGGAGCUGUGGCCACUGUAGCUGUGGUCACUGCUGUGAUGUGGAGGAAGAGCUCAGGUAGGGAAGGGGUGAGGGGUGGGGUCUGGGUUUUCUUGUCCCACUGGGGGUUUCAAGCCUCAGAUAGAAGUGUGUCCUGCCUUGGUGCUGGGAAGCACCAUCCACACAUGGCUGACCCAGCCUGGGGCCCUGUGUGCCAGCACUUAUUCUUUUGUGAAACACAUGUGACAGUGAAGGACAGAUGUAUCACCUUGAUGAUUGUGGUGAUGGGUCCUGAUCCCAGUAGUCACAGGUCACAGAGGAAAGUCUCUGCUGAGGACAGAUCUCAGGAGGGCAAUUGGUCCAGGACCCACACCUGCUUUCCUCAUGUUUCCUGAUCCUGCCCUGGGUCCAUAGUCAUAGUUCUGGAAACUUUUCUUGAGUCCAAGACUAGGAGGUUCCUCUAAGACCUCAUGGCUCUACCUCCUCCCUAGCCCUUCACAGGACAU